AUGUCGGGCAAAGAAAUCCACAAGUACGGAACCGACGAUGGCUGGCAUGGUGUCAUAAAAGAGGGUGGUGAAUUCCCACCAGAGGAGGACAGAUACCAUCUCUACAUUGGCCUCUUCUGUCCUUUUGCCCACCGUCCAAACUUGGUCCGACAUCUCAAGCACCUCCAAACCUACCUCCCUGUUUCUAUUGUGCGUCCUUAUCCGAAAGGUGAACCAGGCUGGCGUUUCGAUGCUACUUACCCUAAUGCAACCCCCGACCACCUCUUCAACAGCCAGUUCAUGCACCAGCUCUACUUUCGCGACGAUCCAGCCUACAAAGGAAAAUACAGCGUUCCUCUCCUCUGGGACAAGAAGAGUAAUCGGAUCGUAAACAACGAAAGUGCUGAAAUGUUGAAAUGGCUGCCUAGUGCGUUCAACUCUGUGCAAGAGAACAGUGACAAGGCAGAAGAAUUGGAUUUCUAUCCUCAAGAACUCCGCCAGAAGAUUGACGAGAUAAGCCCCUGGCUCCAGUCCUUGAUCUGCGCCGGAGUCUACAAAGCUGGUUUCGCACCGAACCAAGAGGACUACGAGAAAGGCGUUAUCCCUCUGUUCGCGGCACUGAACCGGCUAGAAGAACUGAUACACAGUAACGGCGGCCCGUAUAUUCUUGGUACCAAGCUCACAGAACUCGAUGUCCUGGCUUACCCGACGAUAGUUCGCUUCGACACUGUUUACUCGCAGCACUUCAAAACCAACUUGGGGUCCAUACGACAUGACUACCCUGUUCUCAACAACUGGCUGAAAAAUCUAUAUCAUAACGUGCAAGGAUUCAAGGAAAGUACAGACUUUAAGCAUAUAAAGGAGAAUUAUACGAAGAGUCACAAGGACAUCAAUCCGCUGAGUAUCACGCCGCUGGGGCCUUAUCCGGACGUGGAAGAAGGGUACGAGGAGGACUGGGGUAAAUUACAGCCCGGAAAGGUAGUGCAUCCGAGAGUGUUAGAGGCGCAGAGCAAGUUGUGA